AUGUCGUCGUCGUCGGAGGUGGUGGCGUCGGAGGUGGCAUCGGAGAGUGGCCUGAAGGCUUGUGAAACGAUGGAAGACGACGGAACAGGUGCUGCUGCUGAUGCUGGCUUCCGAGGGCUGUCGAUUGCUAUCGAUACCGGUCACAAGUCGUCCAGCUACUACGCAAAUGGAGUGUACUACAAACCGAAAUGCAAGAACAAUUUGGAUGGAUUGGAUCAAGCAGUGGUGGUGGUUGGAUAUGGCAAACUCAAAGGGGAAGAUUACUGGCUAAUCAAGAACUCCUGGUCCAACUACUGGGGCAACGAUAGAUAUGCUUUGAUGGCGGUGAAGGCUAACAACUGUGGCCUUACCACCGAUGCGAUGUAUGUCAAUUCGAAGUGA